GUCGUGAACAGAACUAUGUUAGCAACUCCGACGACUACUAGAUUCGUUGCUUUAGCAAACCCAUUCCGAUCUUCCUCCUAUAGCUAUAAGAUUCCGAUCGCCGUCUCUCACUUUCCCAAAGGUUUUCCUCAGAAACCACUGAUCAGAGCUUCCUCAGCAAAUCUUCGAUUCGUAGCAACGAUGUCGUCGACCCCUGCCGCUCCCGUCAACGCAACUGUCACCGACGCCAGCAGAGGAACCAUCACUCACGUCAUAUUCGACAUGGAUGGUCUCCUUCUCGAUACGGAGAAGUUUUACACGGAGGUCCAGGAAAAGAUACUUGCUAGAUACAAUAAAACAUUUGAUUGGUCUUUGAAAGCAAAGAUGAUGGGGAGAAAAGCCAUUGAAGCUGCUAGGCUUUUCGUUGACGAAAAUGGAAUCAGUGACUCUCUUUCAGCUGAAGAUUUCAUUGUUGAGAGAGAGUCAAUGUUGCAAGAUCUCUUCCUUACAAGUGACCUUAUGCCAGGAGCUAGCCGGCUACUUAGACAUCUCCAUGGGAAAGGAAUUCCAAUUUGUAUAGCCACGGGAACACACACACGACAUUUUGAUCUCAAAACACAAAGACACCGUGAGCUUUUCUCGUUGAUGCAUCACGUAGUGCGGGGAGAUGACCCAGAGGUGAAGGAAGGGAAGCCUGCGCCAGAUGGCUUUCUUGCUGCAUCCAGGAGAUUUGAGGACGGUCCUGUAGAUCCACGGAAGGUUCUGGUGUUUGAAGAUGCACCUUCUGGAGUCCAGGCAGCUAAAAACGCUGGAAUGAAUGUGAUAAUGGUACCGGAUCCAAGAUUAGAUAAGUCCUACUGCGGUGUAGCGGAUCAAGUUCUGGCUUCUCUGCUAGAUUUCAAACCAGAGGAAUGGGGCUUACCUUCUUUCCAGGAUUCACACAACUAAACUACAAAGCUUUUCAGAGUAAACGUUAUCCUCAAGCUAACGAUACUUGACUGGUUGACUUUGAUUCUUUAGUGAUUCAAGCCUGUAUCCUAUUACUAGAAAGAUCAUUGCAAAUUGCAGAUUCUUAUUGUGGUCAUUUGAAAUAAUAAUAUGAGUCGGUAGCCAAAUUCGUAAGCAAGUGUUUGCUUCGAUUUUUGUAGAAACCGACAUGAUUGGUACAUUACAUUGAAUGUUAAAGUCAUACCCAAUUGCAUA